AUGGCUGAUAAGGCGGAUAGCAGUUCAAGGGACAUGCCAGAGGGAGAAACGCAUCAUAACGUUGAUGUGGCAGCGUCUUUGAAUGAGAGUUCGACACUUUCGCAGGAUGAGCCCGAUCCGCUAGAAUUGCGGAAAUUGUCAUUGAGUUACGAUUACAUGAUGUACAAGAUUAAGGAUUAUAUUAAGACAUUAAUGGACCAAACAUAUGAGUCGGUUUUACAAAAACAAACUUUAAUAAACCAGGAUUAUUUUGAGAACCAAUUGCAGUUGUCGAGACAGUAUAGAGAAAUUGAGCAAUUGAUCAAAUCUUGCAAUGAUCUCGAAUUGGAAUUCAUGAAAAUUGAUCAAUUGGAGAUUUUUGUUAAAGAUUUUAAACAGCGUUUGGAUCUUAUAGAAGCAAAGUUUUCAGCAGACUAA